AUGCAAAGAAUUGUUGAAAAUGUGGAAGCUUCAUCUAUAGAAAAUAAAGAUGGUCUUAAUCAAUCUGUUCGCCCUUUUUCUGAUAAUAAUAACAAUGAAACAUGUGCUUCAAAAAGUUCAAAUGCUUCAGCAAGUCUAUCAUCAGCAACACCAAAAACAUCAACCUCUGCAGAUAAUAAUACAUCAGGAAAAUCGUGGAAAAGUUUUUUGGGCAUACAAUCUAAACAACUACUACGAUCAAGUAGUGUAACAUUACCAACUGUUUCCAACAAUAAAUCAAAUCAUCAUACAGAAACUGGUGUUACUUAUAUUACACCAAGAUUAAUUGUAAUAUCAACACCACGAGAAAAUGCAGCUGAUGCAUCUGCACGUCGAACAGCUGAAUUGAUUCGCGAUGAUCUUGACAGAAAACAUCCGCAAUCAUACAUGAUUUAUUCACUUGAACAAUUUUCUACUGAUCAAUUAUCUUAUCAACAAAACCUAUUUCAUAAUAGAGUUCAUAACUUAUCAUUAUCAAAUGAAAAUCAAUCACCACGUCUUACUGUUUUAUUAUGGUUUUGUCAAAAAGUAACAUCAUAUUUACUUGAAUCACCAUCAAACAUAGUUAUACUCCAUUGUCAUAAUGCCAGAAAUCAAUUAGCAUUUGGAGCAUGUUCAUUACUUGCCUAUCAUCACAUAUUUCCACGAGUUGAUCAAAUUAUUCAAUAUUAUGAAUUCCAUCGAUGUGCACACUUAUCAUUAACAAUGUCACAAAAAAGAUAUAUUCAAUAUCUAUGUGAUUUAUCAUUUGGUGUUAUUGAAAGACCUCAUUUUAAUGAAUCAAUUCUUAAAUCGAUAACUUUAUCACCAGUACCAUUUCUUAAUCGACAAAAAGAUGGUUGUCGUCCAUUUGUUGAUAUAUAUGAUCAAGAACAGAGAAAAAUCUUUUCAACAUAUCAAGAAGCAGCUAAACUUCGAGUUUAUUCCGCAGGAGAUAACAAUUGUUCUAUCCUAAUAAAUCUUCCAUUUAAAGAUGAUUUAACAAUUCAUAUAACACAUGCAACAAUUGGUAAUUCACGUCGAACUCAUGAAGAUGGAAUUCGUAUAGGCGAAUUUACAAUUAAUUCAAAUUUUAGCACAGCAAAGCAUCCACAGUUAUCUUAUUCAAGAAAUGAAUUGGAUGGAAUCGAUCAAAAUGAAAAAUCUGCCACGAAUUUUCGUGUGAUAAUUGAUAUUGCAAAUUCUCAACAAACUAUGAUCAACGAACAAGAGUCAUUUUCAAAACAAUUGAAUAAUACACUAAAACAGCCUUUAGCUUUAUUUAAAAGUGAAAAUGAAUUAAAACAAAAAAUCAAUGAUUUUAAGAAACAAUUUAAAAAUCAAAGUAAUGAUAUGAAUGGUACAAAUGAAGUUCCAGCAUCUCCUGAUUCAAGUAAUUCAUCAUCACGACGAAGUAGUCUUCUAUCUUCAGGUUCAUUUCCAUUGACUCCUCAAUCUCCAUCAUCAUUUAUAAAUCGUAUACAUGAUUCAUUUAAACAACAAAAAGAUCUUAGUCGACAAUUAUCAGUAAGUGUUUCACCACCAUCUAUUGAUGAAAAACAAAAUCAAGAACAAACAAAUAUUGGUACUCUUCUGGAUAUUGGAGAACAUAAUUCAAAUAAUGUAAAUACAUUUAAAAGAUCAAUAUCAUCUGAUGAACAACAAUAUGAAUUCAAUUCAAGUAUUGAUUCACAAACAAAUCUUUUUGAUUAUGACUCGGAUCUAAAUACACCUAUUCUACAAAAAAAUGUAUCACCAACGCUUUUACCAACACCAAUAUUAAUACCAACGACUACUAACACAAUACAGAACUUGUCAAGUUCAACCCAACAACCUAAUACAACAGCAGUAACAACUAAUCCUAAUUAUAAUGUUAAUGUAACAACAAAUAAAACUUCUUCUCCUCAGCCAAAAUCAAACUCAGUUAAACCAGAUUUACGUCGAAAUGGUUUAUACAGACCAAAAAUUCAUUUUGAUAUAGAUCUUUAUGGAAUACAAGGAUUUAAUAAUGAUUGGAAAUCUAAAUCUGAACCUACAACACCACUUACAAUAGGUGAUCAGCGAAAAUCUGCAUUGCUUAAAGAUAUCGAUCCAAUAGUUCUUAAAGUUCGAGAGUGGACUGAAGGUAAAAAAAGAAAUAUUCGAGCAUUGUUAUGUUCUUUAUCAACUGUAACAUGGCCAGAAUGUACAUGGACUGGAUGUCAAUUAAAUGAAUUAAUAACACAUGAACAAGUUAAAAAAGUUUAUAGAAAAGCAGUACUUCAUAUUCAUCCAGAUAAACUUCGUGGUGAUCCAAAUGAACCAUUAGCUAAACUUAUUUUUGUUGAAUUAAAUGAAGCUUGGUCUCAAUUUGAACAAGAAUCAAAUUGA